CCCCCCAAGCCUGAGGAAUUUAUAAAUAAAUUCAAAUACGUGCAAUUUGAUAAAAUACUGGAAAAUAUGCUACAUGAAUCUGCCUUUCUAGCGAAAAUUUUUUGUGAUGUAUUUAUUCAUAUUUUAUUUUUCUGUACUAAUGUAGACAAUGAGGAAGAACUUACAAGAUUUGCCAACCAGGCUUACAGCAAAUUAUUGAAAAACUUGGAGGAGAAACCAAAUGAUGUUCCUGAGGGGCUGUUCAAUUUCAACUUGGACACAGAAAAAGCAAAAGGGAAGAGAACCAGAGUCCCAACGGACAAAAUAAAAGAAAGUAAGGAACAAGAUGAAGAGUUGAGUCCUAAAAAGAAGAAGAAAAACACUGAGAAUACGAAAGAGAAGAAACAGGAGCUAAGUCCCAAGAAAAAGAAAAUACAAAGUCAGAAAACUCCUGCCAAAGAAAGGUCAGAGAAAAAGAAGAUGGAGGAGGCAGCAGCUCAAAAGUCAGCUGUGUAUCUGUCAGAUGUGCUGACUCAGUUUAUUGAUACCACUGAAACAACAAGGCCCAAGUCUCCAACUGACUUAGUAGUAUCAGCCGGUACAGGGAAUGAGGAGCUACAGGACCUACAAAAUCAGACCUCUAGUCAAUCAUUGCAAUGUUCCACUCAGCCACUUUUAUCCACAGUGCAACAAUUGAUACCCUCAACACAACAACUGAUACCCUCCACAAAGCCACAAUUGCAAUCUUUCACACAACCACUGCUACAUUCCACUCCACCACCUCUGCUCUCCACACAGCCUCUUCUGUUCUCCGCUCAAUCAUCGACGUCACUACCUCAACUUCAGCCAGCGUCUCUCACAACCACCCCCAGCACUUCCCUAUUGGAAACUUGGAGUUUGUGCAGACAAAGCACGGGGACCAGCAUUGAGGAGAACAGCAAAGGAAUUCCAGUUCCAUCUGCUGAAGUUUUGCAUGUCUUGAGAGGGUUGCAGAGAGCUGAUGUCCAGCAUUUCAUCACCAAUGUUGUUGAACAUUUUGAAUCAUCCAGCUGUUACCAUGUUGGAAAUGAAUGUUUCGAGACUUCUAACAACAACACAUGGGCACCCAAUAGUGAGCCAUAUUGGGGUGUAGAGGAGUCUGAUGAGCCUCAAGUACUCUCUCUUCCUCAAAUAUCCCCUUUGAGGAGGUCACCAAGAAAACGACAACGCGCCACAUUGCUUCCCCUAUCAGAAGACCUUCAAACACAUGAGAUACCUUCUCAAAAGUCUCCCUUGAGGAGGUCACCAAGAAAACAUGCUACCACCACCAUCCUUCUACCUGUAGAUGAUAACAGCAUUUCAUCACCUGGAGAAUCUGAGACAAAGAAACAGGCCUCCACUAAUCCUUCUCCAGAAAAACCAAGGGAGACUGACAAGGAUAUUUCCUCCCCUGGAAGAGCUGAGGAGAAUUGUGGAAUGGUGACUUUACUCAAAACCUACCCUGAGGUUUUGAUCAAAUCAGAGGCCCUGCAGCAUGCUGUAAGGUUAGCACGGAAAUCUGGCAAACCUGGAUAUACUCUAUGUUAUAACUUGUUGCCAGGUGUUUUCAGCAUUGAAGAGAUUGCUAUCUCUAGGGGCCAGGGUCUUACAAAACCAAAAGAAGGAGAUCUUAGGAGACCUCUCAAUAAAGAUAAAGUUGCUGCUGUCAAAGGUUAUACCCUUCGCUGGUGUAAGAAAAAUGAAAAAAGUGAUCCAAAAGACCAGGAGUUGAACAAUGCCAUCACAGAGCAGGUCUCUCAUUGUAGAAAAAAACUUAAAAAGGAACAGCAAGAAAGAAAAAAAUGAGAUUCAUAAAAAUAGCUCAUUGUGCGAUUCAAGAUAAGAUUCAUGUACAUGUAUAUAAAAAUGUACGCACUUAUAGCAAGGUGUCUGACAUGAACAAUUUUAAUAAUCAUAAUUUUUAUUAAAUGGGAUGUAUUUUUUAUGAAGUAUACUUGAAUGAUAUUUGUGUCCUUGAAAGCUUUAAAAUCAGCCUUUGAAUGAAAUUUU